UUAGCUCGGAGAAAAUAGAAAAACAAACACUCUUUCUUUGCUUCGUUUUUUGGGGGGAUUGAAUCCUAAUUUUUUGUUUUCUCUUUUCUGGAGAGAAUCUCCUGUGGGGAAUGCAGAGAGAUGAGAGGUGCUUCGUUGACAAAGAGUGAACUGUGUGGCCGUGCCAAACGGUGUAUCGGCGGCCGAAAUUGCCACCGGAAACACGUCGAGGACGGGUGAACUGAUCCUUUCUCAAUCAAGAAAACCGCACAAACUCCCUCCUUUUUUAUUUUCUUUUCUCAGAAUUUUUUUUUUGCCUUCUCGCACCUCCACAUCUUUGUAUAUACUAUUAGAAUAAAAUCUUGUCUCUGUAGCGAUUCUCUUUCUGGGUAUGGCUGAAAGGAGCAAAGAUGGUCACCCGACCUUGCUUCAUGGGAGAUACGAGCUUGGCCGGAUGCUCGGACAUGGCACUUUCGCUAAGGUCUACCAUGCUCGGAAUUUGCAGACGGGAAAGAGCGUGGCUAUGAAGGUGGUCGGCAAAGAGAAGGUCAUAAAGGUCGGUAUGAUGGAGCAAAUCAAGAGGGAAAUUUCUGUUAUGAAGAUGGUGAAGCACCCAAAUAUUGUCGAGCUUCACGAGGUCAUGGCGAGUAAAUCUAAGAUCUAUUUCGCUAUGGAACUUGUUCGAGGCGGUGAGUUGUUCUCCAAGAUUGCUAAGGGUCGAUUGAGGGAGGACGUUGCUAGAGUUUAUUUUCAGCAGUUGAUAUCUGCCAUCGAUUUUUGUCAUAGUCGCGGUGUUUAUCACCGUGAUUUGAAGCCCGAAAAUCUUCUUCUGGAUGAAAAUGGUAACUUGAAGGUUACAGAUUUUGGGCUCAGUGCCUUCUCUGAGCACUUGAAGCAAGAUGGAUUGUUACACACCACCUGCGGCACGCCGGCCUAUGUUGCACCGGAGGUUAUUGGGAAGAAAGGAUACGACGGAGCUACAGCAGAUCUCUGGUCCUGUGGUGUUAUUCUAUAUGUUCUUCUCGCUGGGUUCUUGCCAUUUCAGGAUGAUAAUUUAGUGGCCAUGUAUAGAAAGAUAUACAGAGGUGACUUCAAAUGUCCACCGUGGUUCUCCCCUGAAGCUCGCAGAUUAAUCACAAAGCUUCUCGAUCCAAAUCCAAGCACUCGAAUCACGAUAACCAAGAUGAUGGAUUCCUCAUGGUUCAAGAAAUCAGUACCUAAAACUGUGAGAAGUAAGGAGGAAAUGGAAUUUGAUGCCUUCAACGGAGAAGAAGAUGGCAACAAUGGAGGCAAAUCAAAGCAACCAGAAACACUUAAUGCUUUUCAUAUAAUAUCUUUAUCAGAGGGGUUUGAUUUAUCACCACUCUUCGAAGAGAAGAAAAGGGAGGAGAAGGAGGAGCUGAGGUUCGCCACAACAAGGCCAGCAAGCAGCGUGAUUUCAAGACUAGAGGAGGUGGCCAAGGCAGUGAAAUUCAGCGUGAAGAAGAGCGAGACGAAAGUUAGGAUGCAGGGUCAAGAGAGUGGAAGAAAAGGAAAAUUGGCCAUCGCAGCAGAUAUGUUCGCAGUGACGCCGUCGCUGUUGGUGGUGGAGGUAAAGAAAGAUAAUGGUGACACAUUAGAGUACAAACAAUUCUGCAGCAAAGAGCUGAGACCGGCUCUCAAGGACAUAGUGUGGACGUCUCCUGUUAAUUCUACAAUCGCUUGAGAUGACAAGUGAGAUAUGGAGGUGGUGGGAAAUCGAAGAUUAUUGUUGUGUGAUUGUUAUUAUUGAUUUCGAAUCUUGAUCUUGUUAGUGUUGCUGUUCUUGUUCUGUUAUCAAUGUGAUUGCUGUUUGAGAAAAUAUGCUUUCUAAUAUGUGUGAGUACAUUCCAAGUCCAAGUGGGUAAGGUAAUUGGUAGGUUUAUGCAGAGAAAUUGAAUGGUUGGUAUGCAAUUGAAUUAUUGUCCUGUUAUCAGUGCACUCAAGAAAGAUUGUUAUUGUGUGAUUGUUAUUAUUGAUCUUGAAUCUUGAUCUUGUUA